CUUGCAGCAACCUGUCGCGUUUUCCAAACGGACGCGUAAAGUGCCUGCUGUGAGCGACCUACCGACCUGGUAGGUUGUCAAGACCAUCGGACCGCAAACCGACACAAAGCUCCCGAAUGCUUGAUACCUGCCUUACUUCCAUUUCGUGAUACAUACCUAUUCAGGAACGGCGAAGGGAAUAUUAUCACAGCCGUCUUGCGUUGAUUGCCACCGCGCACCUAUCAUGUCAAACUUCUUCGACCUCAAAGCCCGGAAGGCGGCCGCGGCAAAUGGGGCCGCAUCGAGCAGUGCCGAAAAGCAGACAAACGAGACCGCCAGAGUGCAGCCCUGGGUUGAGAAAUACCGGCCCAAAACGCUCAGCGAUGUGACAGCGCAAGACCAUACGGUUUCCGUGCUGCAGCGGACAUUGCAAGCUUCCAACCUUCCACACAUGCUCUUCUACGGCCCUCCUGGCACCGGCAAGACGUCCACGAUCCUCGCGCUCGCCAAAGAGCUGUACGGGCCCGAACUCAUGAAGUCGCGCGUGCUGGAACUUAACGCCUCGGACGAGCGCGGCAUCUCGAUCGUGCGCGAGAAGGUCAAGGACUUCGCCCGGACACAGCUGACGAACCCACCGCCUGGCUACAAGGCGCGAUACCCGUGCCCGCCGUUCAAGAUCAUCAUCCUCGACGAGGCGGACAGCAUGACGCAGGAUGCGCAGAGCGCCCUGCGCCGGACCAUGGAGACGUACAGCAAGAUCACGCGCUUCUGCCUCAUCUGCAACUACGUCACGCGCAUCAUCGAUCCCCUGGCCAGCCGCUGCAGCAAAUUCCGCUUCAAGAGCCUCGACCAGGGGAACGCGCGGCGGAGAUUGGAGGAGAUUGCGAGGCUCGAGGGCGUGGGGAUGGAGGACGGCGCUGUGGAUGCCUUGAUCAAGUGCAGCGACGGCGAUCUGAGAAAAGCGAUUACUUUCUUGCAAAGCGCUGCGAGACUGGUGGGCGCCAGCAGCGCGGGGAGUGAUGGCAAGGAUGAGGACCGGAUGGGUGUGGAUAAGAAGCUGGUCACGGCCAAGGUGGUUGAGGAUAUUGCCGGCGUCAUUCCAGAUGAUACGAUCCAGAAGCUGGUGGCAGCCAUGAGGCCGCGGGCUGCUGGUGAGACGUACCAGGCCAUCGCGAAGGUGGUGGAGGACCUGGUGGCCGAUGGUUGGAGCGCAGGGCAGACCAUGGCACAGCUCCAUCAGGCUGUUGUCUACGAUGAGACAAUCCCGGACAUCCAGAAGAAUAGGAUUGUGAUGGUCUUUUCUGAGAUCGACAAGAGGUUGGUAGACGGCGCGGACGAGCAUCUCUCAAUACUGGAUCUUGCCCUACGGAUCUCGGGGAUUUUGGCUGGGAGGUAGCGGGGCUAGCUGGACGGAGGAGGGGGGGGAUGUCCGCUUGGACCGAGGGGAAUAUAACUGCAAAGGCUGG